AUGGGGGAUGUCAAAGACCAAAUAGAUGGAGCAGAAUAUUCAAUGCCAUCUUUCAAACAGGAAGAGGGAGUUGUUAAAAUUAAAUAUGGAGGAAUCAUUCCAAAGAAACCACCUUUAAUCUUUGAGGAUCAUGUGUGUGCUUAUUUUGAUUCUGCUGAUUGGGAUCUUGGAAAACAAGGCAUAGAGAAGCCCAAAGGGCCACUUAAGGCACUUCGGCCAAAGUUUCUGACAACACAACAACAAUCGAGAUACCACAAGUCUCCUUGUGCUCCAUCUGAGGUUGAAGGUGUUUUUCUUUCUGUUCUACCCAUUCAGUUUGGUCCUUGAAAUUAACUUAAUCUUUCAAGAAGUAUGGACAUGAUUCAAGGAUUUACAAAAAAAAAGUUUUAAGGGUUGGAGAAGGUUGUGUAACUAUCAAAUUCGACUUACGUUAAUUUUUCAUGAUUUAUCACGAAACGUUGUAAGCCUUACUGUCUUUAUCUCCCUCUACCAGAUGGAAAAUAAUGCCCCAUUUGAGGAUGUUACUGCAAAUGAAUGAGCAAGUGAUUCUCUAGUUUGUGCUUGUGAUGUUCUUGUUAUAUACAUGUAUGAGCAAUUUCUGUUCAGGGUUAAGAAAACAAUAUUAAGGAUAAAGAUGUGUUUUCAUCUUUAUUUGAGGCAACCAAAUGAGUGUUUGUUGGCUUUUUGAUGUGUUGUAACAUUAACUCUAAGAAUCGCUAUUGCAAGUGUA